AUGACUGCUCUGCUUUCCAACAUCAGUGUUCCUGGGAGUACAGCAGUUCUGCAGGCGACUACAGACUACCCGUUCAAUUGGACUGCAUCUGCUCAGGCAGAGUUUGGGUCAGGCCAGUCUCUGGCCCCUCUCUGUACUGUCUGUUGCUGUGGGUUUAUCAAUCGCACCUUGACAGUGGUGUUCAUGGUCAGCCUGGCUUUUGCCAUCGUGGUUGGGAAUGUGGUCACUCUUACUGUCUUUGUGCAGACGAGGCAGUCCAGAACACCACAGGGAUAUCUGAAAGUGUCUCUGGCCAUAGCAGACAUGAUGGUUGGUGUCCUUGUGGUCCCUUUCUCUGUCUACACUGAGAUCUCUCUGAUGGUAACCAGUGCGCCUCCCAUUUGGUACCAGGGUAGUUCCACCUCACCAGUGUCCUCUAACUCUCUGGGUGGACUAGUGAGCCCUUGGCAACCCUGCAUGUUUAUUGGCCCUGUGUUCGCUGGAUGCACAUUUGUCUCCAUUAGCACCAUCUUCCUCAUGACAGUGGAGCGAAGUGUUGCCAUCCUACGGCCACUUCACAAGGAUGCCUUGGUAACACGGAGACGAACUCUGCUUCUCAUCCUGCUCUCCUGGGCUGCCAGCUUUCUGCUGGCUCUUGCACCCCUCAUUUUUAGCAGAAACUUCACUUUGGAGUACAAUGAAUGCAGUCGUAUGUGUAACUACACCCCAUUAUUGUUUGGAAGCCAGCUGCCACCUGAUGCCAACAUUUUGCUGUUAUUCCCAGCGUUUGACUUCACACUUCUUGGUGGCACAUUAGCAGUUAACAUUGUGUCUUUCACUAGCAUCAGACAGUACACCCGAAAACGCAAACUCCUAUCUGAGGGCAGUCUGAGUGAUGGAGGAGGAGGAGGAGGCGGAGGAGGGGGAGGAUGCUCCCACAGACCCUCUUUUUCAGAUAUCAAAGCUGCUAAGACAAUUGGUAUAUUAACAUUUGCCUUCACAGCAUCCUUCUCUCCCAUUGCAGUGUUUGUGCUUGGGAACGUGGUGGGAUACACCUGGUGUAACUUUUCCUUCAUUGCCUUCUGGAUCCUAACAGGAAACAGUUGCUGUAACGUGAUCAUCUACAGUGUCAGGGACCAUCGCUUCAGGAAGGGUGUCACCCUGCUCUUUCUGCGAGACCACCCCCCUCCACAUGGUGAGAAGACCUGA